AUGAUCAUCUCACAUACCGUCGACUUCAACGGCGUGACCAUGGUCCUUCGCGGUAUCGUAUACGCUGGGGAGAAUCACUUCACGUGUCGAGUUGUGGAUAGUUCAGGUACGUUGUUCAAACACGACGGAAUGGUGAACGGCGACGUAUGCGAGAAGGAAGCCGAGUUGGCGAGAGUCAACCCUGAAGAACUUGGAACAUGGCGGACGCGUGGUGGCGAAAUAAAGCCCGCAGUCUUGGUCAUAUACGAGAGAUCACAGCAGACGUCCGGUGAGGUGGGAUGA